GAGAUUUGUUACCACUGUCUCAAAGGCAUCAGGUUUGGGAUGCCACCUGUAGGUGGUGUAACUACCAGUUCGAAAUCUGAUAGGAGCAAGCAAAAGUUGUUUCUAGAAGAAUGACUCAGCUCCCAACCAAGCGUUGCUUUCACCAGAACAGGGCCUUUCCUGGACCUGGUACUCCCCCUUUCAGACCUUCAGAACUGACAUCCUGCAAAACUAAUUAUGGCUAUAAUAAAUAAUUCCCAAGGCUUGAAGGAAAUGCCCAGAAGAAUGGUGCCUUCUAAGAUAACUUUUCCAAGGGGAAAUUUGCAAAGCCUAAAAUGAAUUAACCAAGCAGACUAUUAGAGCUGGAAGAGAUGCAGAUAGUUCAGCUCCUUUGUACAACUGAAGAAGCUGAUAUCCAUAGAAAUUAGGGGAUUUGCCCAAGAUCACAGAGGUCUAGAACAGGGUCCUCUCACAGCACAGAACCCCUUCUGUUUCACCCCCAUCAGGGUGGAAGAGAACACCCUAGCCAAGCGAAGUUCAUGGCUAAGUAGCUUCUCUGCUCCUUGCCUCAAUUUCCCACCCCAUUCCCCUCGUCCCCAAUAGUAUUGCGCAUAUGCAGUGUGCCAGGUGACAUUUCCAGUGCUUUACCUAUGACAUUUUUUGCAGAAGAAUGCAAAGUACAUCUCCCCACAAGGAAUAUCUGCUGAGCAGUCCAUGGUGCUGUUCCAUGAGACAGCAUUUCUCCUCCAAUGCAUUGGGUAGUUACAGGGCAAGGUGGGAUCCAGAUGUUAUGGUCUGACUUGUCACAGUAUCUAUGAUUCAGAGAGAAAGUUUGUCUCUUAAUACUGGCAAAAUUCCAACCCCAGGUCUUGGUCCCCAUACUUCAAGCCUAUGAGGAAUUCCAGUAGAGUAUUAAAAGGGUUCUGAGUCUCUCUGUGAUUAGAUUGAUUGAGACUCACUUGGCUAAAGCCAUCAAUGUAUUACUCCCAGCUGCAACCCCAGUUUUGCUUUCAGAUUUCAAAUAUUCACUGAGAGUUGCUACUUGCAAAACACUGGGAAUGUAAACAGCUGUGGGGAAAGAAAGUUUAUUGGGAGUUUAUCUUGUGCUAGGCAUUAUUCUAUGUGCUUUAGAUACACUAACUCAUUUAAUCCUUAUAACAACCCUGUGAGGACUUCGCUUUUAAAGAUGAGGAAGCUCUUACACAGAAAGACUAAAUAAUGCGCCCACAGUCACAUUGCUGGCCUCAAGGCUGGCUGAGUAGCUGGCUGCCUACUUGGCGCCCCACUUCCAUGUCUCAGCUGAAGAAUGUGGAAGCCAGGAUCCUCCAGUGUCUCCAGAACAAGUUCCUGGCCAGAUACAUUUCCCUCCCAAACCAGAACAAGAUCUGGACGGUGACCGUGAGCCCCGAGCAAAAGGACCGCACGCCCCUGGUGAUGGUGCAUGGCUUCGGGGGCGGCGUGGGCCUCUGGAUCCUCAACAUGGAUUCGCUGAGUGCCCGCCGCACGCUUCACACCUUCGACCUGCUCGGCUUCGGGCGAAGCUCCAGGCCGACGUUCCCGAGGGACCCAGAGGGGGCUGAGGACGAGUUUGUGACCUCCAUAGAGACGUGGCGGGAAACCAUGGGGAUCCCCAACAUGAUCCUCCUGGGGCACAGUUUGGGAGGAUUCCUGGCCACUUCUUACUCUAUCAAGUACCCUGAAAGAGUAAAACACCUCAUCCUGGUGGACCCGUGGGGCUUUCCCCUCCGACCAACCGACCCCAGUGAGAUCCGUGCUCCCCCAACGUGGGUCAAGGCUGUGGCAUCUGUCCUAGGGCGUUCCAAUCCUUUGGCUGUUCUUCGAGUAGCUGGGCCCUGGGGGCCUGGCCUGGUGCAGCGAUUCCGGCCGGACUUCAAGCGCAAGUUUGCGGACUUCUUUGAAGAUGAUACCAUAUCAGAGUAUAUCUACCACUGCAAUGCACAGAACCCCAGUGGUGAGACGGCAUUCAAAGCCAUGAUGGAGUCCUUCGGCUGGGCCCGGCGCCCCAUGCUGGAGCGCAUCCACUUGAUUCGGAAGGAUGUGCCCAUCACCAUGAUCUAUGGGGCCAACACCUGGAUAGAUACCAGCACAGGGAAAAAGGUGAAGUUGCAGCGGCCUGACUCCUACGUCCGAGACCUGGAGAUUGAGGGUGCGUCGCACCACGUCUAUGCCGACCAGCCACACAUCUUCAACGCCGUGGUGGAGGAGAUCUGCAGCUCGGUGGAUUGAGCUGCUCUCUCUAGAGGAAGAGGAGAAAGCCAGAGAGUCACUCUCGCCUCCCUGUCUGCUUACUCACCCUUCUGUCCUUUCCUCACCAACUAACACGUGCCAGCCUGGCAGAGCCUUGGGCUGUCCCCAGGACAGGACCACAGUGACAAAGAGCACUCCUGACCCCACGCUAAGGGCUGGAAGUGGAGCCACAAGAGGCCUUGAGUGCCCCACCCUGGGAAAGAACAUAAAGGGUUGCACAACAUCACCUAUUCUCUCCUUGCCAAGUGUUGCCUGGAUAGUGGUUGUGAAGGAUUGCACUGAGCUACGUUCCCUCCCUGUGUGGCCUUUUCUUCCUCUGGGUAAAAGAGGGCUCCCAGCCACAUUUCCUAGCUCUAGAGUGUUUGUGGGGGUAGGUCCCAUGCAAGAAUAUCUUCCACCUCCAUCAUUCCGUCACCCCCAUCCCAUGCCAGUUCCAUCCAGGGUCUGGCUGGGACCGGUUCACACUUACCUACGAAGAGCAGGUCCCGGAGCUCCCUUCACCUGCAGAGUCCGUUCCACGACCUAAGAGGUCAUAUCCAAAGCCCUCUUGACAGAUGAGGAAACGGGAUGUGGCUGGUCUAUG